AUGGCACGCAUAUUCACCAAUAGUAUAUAUUACGUUCACGAAAAGUCAGCCAUGGUUGCACUCAACGACGAUAUCCCGGUUGCGCAACCUAAAGUACAAGCGGACAAUCCCGAAGUUUUCCAACAAAAUAUGCAGGAACUUGCCACGGAUCUUGUGAAAAAGGCCAAGGAGAUUGAUGCCUUGAUCGAGAUUUUACCGGGUAUCAAACACACGGAAGAAGAACAGGUACGGUUUAUACAUCGUUCUUUUAGGUUGAGCUUGGAUUUAAGCUUUUUUGAUCAAGAUGGGAUUUUUUAUUGGAUAUUUCGUGCGGCGCAUUAA